CUAAGUGAAGCUUCCUUUACAGGUGAUGUCAACGUGUACAACAAGCCUGACCCCCAAAUCUACAGAAGCCUCAUCCGUGAGUGCACCUCCCUGAGGAAGGAAGGCGAGUUCUCCACCUGCUUCACUGAGCUCCAGAGAAACUUCCUGAAGGAUCGUCCAGCCAAGCUCAAGAAUCUCAUCCGCCUGGUCAAGCACUGGUACCAACUGUGUAAGGAGAAGCUGGGUGAGCCGCUGCCCCCACAGUAUGCCCUGGAGCUGCUCACAGUCUAUGCCUGGGAACGUGGGAGUGGAGUCACUGAGUUCGACACAGCCCGGGGCUUCCGGACAGUUUUGGAACUGAUCACAAAAUACAAGCAGCUUCAAAUCCAUUGGACAGUUUAUUAUGACUUUCAAGACCAGGAGAUCUCAAACUACCUGCUGAGUCGGCUCACAAGAGUCAGGCCUGUGAUCCUGGACCCAGCUGACCCAACAAGGAAUGUGGUUGGUUCGAAUUCAGAAGGCUGGUGGCGGCUGGCAGGAGAGGCUACAGUCUGGCUGCAAUACCCAUGCAUUAAAAAUUGGGAUACUUCCCGAGUGCGCUCCUGGGAUGUGCCGGUGAGAACUUAUCAUCGUCUUGUCCCCUUGCACACACAUCUGGUCACACCAUCUGUUUCAAGAAUAUUCAGACAAAGAUGCCCAGGCUUAUAGGUUUUCCUGCCACACUGAUUGCUGUACAGUUAUUCUCAGAGGUUGUCACAUCACCCCUGCAGAGUUCCUGUUGCUCAGCAUCCUAAGAAAUAGCAGCUUCUGCUCUGAGUGCCUGCUUUGUGUUCAGGCUCUGUCCUGCAUUCUUUAUCAUACAGUAUUUCACUGGAUCCACACACCUACUUGUCUUGUGGUCUUUAUCAUACAGUAGCUCACAGGAUCCACACACAUGCUUGUCUUGUGGUCUUUAUCAUAAAGUAGCUCACUGGAUCCUCACUAGGGCUCUAUAAGUUGAGACACACGGAAGGUUCCAUACAUGCAAAUCAAGAAAUACAUCACAAAUGAACUCCAAGACAGAAAUCAAAUUACCACCUCAAGAGAGGCAGAAAAGGCUUUGGAAAAAAAUACAAUAUCCCUUCAUAAUUAAAACUAAAAAUGGAGAGACCACCUACCAACAUAAUAAAGGCUAUCUAUGACCAACUUAGAGCCAACUCAUGGUAAAUGGAAAACUUCAUGAAAUCUUUUCUCCUGAGAUCAAGAACAAGACCAGGUGUCCAUGCUCUCCACUCCUACUCCAUGGAGGGCUUGAUGUCAUAGCAAGAGUAGUAAGAGAUGGAAAUAAAAGGGACAUAGCUAGGAAAAGAGGUCAAAGAAUCCUUACUGUAGAUGAAUGGAUCUAUAUAUGAGACCCUAGACGCCAUCAGAAGACUCACACAGCUGAUGCACACUUGACAUACCAAUGGCAACCAUACUGAGAAUGAAAUCGGUGCCCUCUUCUGCCCUCCACGGGCACUUCACACAAGUGG